AUGAGUUUUAUAGGUUCCAAGAAUGUAGGGGUUACUGGCGGUAACGUCAUUGAUAUUGAACAAGCUCCAUACAUGGCCUUACUUUAUACCCAACCGGACGCUCCCUGUGGCGGGGUUAUUAUACACGAAAAGUAUAUCCUGACCUCUGCGACCUGCUGCAAUCAGAGAACGGAAGACCUCUAUUGCUUCGUAGGUACAAAUAGGAAAGAGCAAUUGGGACGCGCCGUAAUAAUUGAUAAGCUUAUCAAAUACCCUCAGGAUUUGAAGCCAAGCAUUUGUUUAAUAAGACUCCAGGAGCCGUUGCGAUUCAGUGAUACAGUUGCUAAAAUAGAGUUGAACGACGGGAGCAUUAUACUUUCUAGAGAUACAAUUGCAACACUAACAGCAUUUGGUGCGGAGAAUAGUAAUGAUGUAUCAAUAAAGGAGCUGCGUCAGGGAGAAGUCCCCAUUUCUGAUGUCGACUGGUGUAAGAAGGAGGACAAACGCUUAGGUGACCUUCAACUCUGCGCUGGAGACCAGAAACAUAAUGGUUGUUAUGGAGACGUCGGCGGGGCCUUGACCGUUGAAGACACUCUGGUGGGAGUGUUGGCUGUUGUACCGAACGACUGUAAAUACCAGCCGUCGCGUUUCGCUAGAAUAAGUUCUUACAAACCGUGGAUCGAACAAAAAAUCAGUCAGAACCCUUAA